UUUAAUAAUAAAACAACAUAAUUAUCAAUCACUGAAUCUACAGAUUAUAAUUAAUCUGGUCUAGCAUAAAGUAUAAAAGCGCAAAUCCCAAACCAAAAACCAAGUCAAAAUGAAGGCAUUCAUUGUAUUCUGCGCGCUCGUCGCCAUUACCUAUGGCGCAAACACCAACCGUAUCGUCGGUGGUCAAAACGCCUCCCCCGGCCAAUUCAAACACCAAGCCUCCCUCCGCUCCCUGGGCAACAGCCAUUUCUGCGGUGCAUCCAUCAUUGGUAAACGCACCCUGGCCACCGCCGCCCAUUGCAAAGUCUAUGAUGUAGACAGCAUGAUCGCCGUGGUAGGAACCACAAAACAAAACGAUGGCAACGCCAGGCGUUACAAGGUCGCACAAUUCAUCAUCCAUGAGAACUACACCCCAAGCACCAUUACCAAUGACGUAGGUGUUGUCAUUCUCACCGAAGACAUUGACUUCUCUGAUGAUUUAGUCGCUGCUCUGCCAUUGGCUAGCUCCCGACCAGCUGAUAAUGAACGUGUUACCAGCAGUGGAUGGGGAUACACCUCAUACCCUGGUUCCGUACCAAAUGAUUUGCAAUGGAUGCAGAUGAAUGUCUUAAGUCAGAAUGAUUGCUCUGCUCAAACUGGUGAGAUUGUAACUGGAAAGAUCUGUACGCUGGAAUCGAAGGGUCAUGGUAUCUGCUCUGGGGAUUCUGGUGGUCCAUUGGUCAACAGCAAAGGUGAACUUGUGGGAAUCACAUCCGCUGCUUAUCUUUGCGCGUUGGGCAAACCCGACUUUUUCACUGAUGUUUAUUACUUUAAGGAUUGGAUUGUUGAACACGCUGUUUAAUUAUGUUUGAAUAAAUAUUGAUUGAUUUUGA